UUUUGGGGAGGCUCCAGCAGCAGUGUGGAGCCAGGCUCUGCUGCCAGCGCUCCCUGCUCAUUCCCAGGUUUCCAUGGGGAAUGCCGGGGUUGGUAACUGCAUCCAUGGGGAUGCGGUGCAGGGGGCUGGGACACCCGUGGCACCUGGCACGGUGACAUGGACAUCCCGGGGUGGCACCGAGGCUGGGGACAUUCUGGGGACAAGCCCUCAGGUCACACUGAGGCUGUGACAUCCUGGGGUGGCACUGGGGCUGAGUGAUAUCACAGGGACCAUCCCCAGUUUUGGGGAGACUUUUGAGGGUGCCAACCCAUUUUUUUGGGGGAUCUCUGGGGGUCCCAUCCCCAACAGUGGGGAGAUUUUAGGGGUGCCAUCCCAAAUUUUUGGGAGACUUUUGGGCAUUUCUAGGAGUCCCAUCUCCCAGUAUUAGGGGAGAUGUUUAUGAUCCCAUCCCAAUUUUUACAGGGAUUUCUGGAGGUCCCAUCCCUAAUUUUGGGGAGACUUUGAGUGUCCCUUCUCCAGUUCUGGAGAGAUUUUGAGGAGGUUUCUGUGGUUCCUAACCCCAAUUCUAGUCGAGAAUUUUGGAGGUCUCUGGGGUUGCCACCCAAAUUUUAGGGAGGACUCUAGGGGUCCCAUCCCCAGUUUUUGGGAGACUUCAUUAAUCCGAUGUCCCUCCCAUUCCCUAAUGAGGCUCAGAUCCCAUGAACUGCUCCUUUCACCCCCUCCUCAGGACACACGGGUCGGGGACACGUCCCAGCUGCGUGGGGACACACGAACACCCCAGCCAAGUACCACAGGAGCUUUCCCGGGAAUUUCCUGCCGGGAAAACCAGCCCGGGGACAUUCCUGGCGCGGCUGAGCCUCCCUCCGGGCAGGGUUUGUUUCCCCGGGAGCCCUGGAGACCAUCCCGGCUCCUGCGGCAGCUCCGCUCCCCGAGCCAUGAACGGGGGAGCGCCCGGGGACCCCCCAGCAGGGACCUUCCUUGUCCCGCGCAGGCUUGGCGCCGUGGGAUCGCCGCCCGGAGCCGUCCCGGUGUCCCGGCCGCCGGUGUUGAUCCUGCAGCAGCUCCCCGGGCCCCCCGCGGCACCGCCGCCCGUGCGGGGAGGUGCGUGCGGGCAGAGCUGCGAGAGGCAGCGCUAAACCCGGCUGGGCUUCAGCCGCUCCUUCUCCCCGGCCUUUUCCAGGAUUUGAUGGAGUUGAUGCUGAUUCAAACCUCCCAAAUGCACCAGCUGCUGAUGCACGGCCUGGCCAUGGCAGCUCUGAUGCCCCUCGGUGUGGGGCCAGCCCCAGCCCCUGCCCAGGCGCUGGCAGGACCUUCGCAGGGCGAGGAGGAAGAGGAGGCCGUGGUUUUCCACCAUCACUACGUGCCCUGGCCCGCGCCCGGCCCGGUGCCCGUGCGGUUCCUGCGCUCCUCGCCUGGGGACGAGGGAGCUGUGCCCCCCCCGCCGCCCCCCAGUGCCACCGGGACUGUGGGACCCGGCGUGCCCCCGGCAGCGGAGUUCUACAGCAUGGAGCGGGGGCUGUGAGCUCUGCCCCCCGAAGAUCCCAAAGAUCCCGCACGGAUGUUCCACGAUUCCCACUCUCGUUUUGGGGUGGUUUCCCCGCUGUGACCCCCCCCAGGGCAGGGGUGUCACAGCACUGUCACCAGCCCCAGUGACACCCCCGAACCCAGCUGGGCACCGCGCCCCUGCCCGGGUGGCAGAGGCUGUGCUGUGUCCCCUGGUGGGGACAGGGGGAUGUCCCCAGCCCAGGUGGUCCCAGCCUUCAUUAGUCCCUCCAGCUCUCAAUGCAGCAUUGCCUGUAAUUAAUUUCUUUGUUAAGAGAGCGCCCUGCUGUCUCUAAUUAAGCAUCUGUAAUUACAUGG